GCACUAUAUCUCCUACUAGCUGCUUCACCCUCAUCCAUCUACAGUACUCGAUCCUACCUUGUCGCCAUGGCCAUGUACGUGCCCAUUCACCACGCCCUCAAGAAGGCCUCCUCCCCCAGUGCCUCCCCUGCUAGCCGCACGAAGCGCGUCGCCGCUGCCGCGCAGUCCGCCAAGCGCACCACCCGCAGCCCCUCCCCUCGCAAGUCUGCGUCGCCCUCAUCCUCGUCAUCCUGCUCCUCUUCCUCCACGAGCCGCAGCUCUCCUGGCUCGUCCUCUUCCAAGAAGAGGACCACCAGGGAGCAGCGGAACAUCGCGCUCCCCCUCUCUCCCGCGAUCGCGGAGUACACCAAUGCCUCCGCACGCUGCUCUUACUGCAGGAAGGCCAUCCAGUACGACGACCGUCACGGCGGCAUCGGUCUGUGGAACUUCGGCCGGCACCUCAAGAACAAGCACCGCAAGGGGACCUUCGUCAAGGGUCCCUCGCACGAGCUCGAGGUCCGCGGGGUGCGGCACGCACAUCCGUUUGAGGGCGAGGGAGCCAUGUACUUUGACGGCGACGGCGACUAUGUGCGCAAGGGUGCCGGCGCCGCGGCGCUGGCUAUUCAGGACGAGGACGACAUGAAGGAAGCCGCCGAGAUGCUGAUGGGGCUCAAGUUCAAAGAAGUUCGAUUUGCGGCUGUGCAAUCGGCGGAGCCCAGCGUCCCUUCCCCGCGUCUUAUUCCCCGCGGUCGUCUGUGAUGUAGCUGUAUCUCACCGCUGUAUCCCUCUCAUUGUAUGCUUCCCUCGACACGACCGCUUCACGAUCUCCUUGCAUCUGUAUCCAAUCCUCUAUGCACAUCUCUCUCGUCUUCUGGAUUCCGUUCUGUCCUCACGUCUACCUAUUAAUACCUUAUCAGCUACUCACCGUCUGGAUUAUUUAUUGUACUAUGCCUGUCCUUUAUUUUUCCUACGUAUUCUGCUAGUCACCUAAAUGUAUGCGUUAGUCACUACCCAAGGGC